AUGUCGUUAGCACCCGCACCCCACGCCGUUGGAGUGUUCCCCACGUACAGCCGGCAUCGGAGCGAGGUCGCGCUCAAGAUUCGCGAGAAGAAGCUAUCCUUCACUGGCGAUGACUUCGACAUUACGGACGCCGCUACCGGCGCGAAGGUCUUCCACGUAGACGGCAAGGUGUUCUCUCUCCAAGGUCGCAAAGAGAUUUCUGACGCCGCCGGCAACCGCCUCUUCACGUUGCUUAAGUCGCACUUCCACAUCUACACGACCUUCCACGGCAAGGGCCCGGCCUCAGACGCGACGAUCUUCACCGUCAAGUCGUUCUCAAAGGCGGCUUUUUCGACCGCCAAGGCCAAGAACACAUAUAACGACGUACCCGUUGCCCGUAUCAGGCAAGUUCUUCAACGCGGGUCAACCGCUGUCAUCCUGACGGUCGCACCGGGUGUCAAUUUCGCAUUGCUUGCCGCGUUCUGCAUCUGCCUGGACAAGAAGGCCAAUGAACAGUAAUCAUUUAAUACUUGAUGCUUCUUGCUUCCACCAG